AUGUCUUCAUUCGCUGAGGCAAAGACAUGCGUCUUCUGGGACGUGGAGGAUUGCCCGAUCCCAGACGGUCAGGAUCCGGAAUCGGUUGCGAUCAACAUCAGAUCAGCUCUUGCCAACAAUGGCUACGGUGGAGAGGUGACAAUCUGGGCUUAUGGUGAAAAGUACCAGGUGCAAGAUUUCUACGAAUCCGCCGGAAUCAAGCUCUUUCCUCAAGGAGAUGAUUAUGCGAGAUAUAGGGAGAUGGAUUUGGCUGUUUUUGAUUGGAUGCAUGAGAGCCGUCCAGAAUUGACGAAUAUGAUGAUGGUCUCCGGAGAUAAAUUGCGCUUUACACGUGUUCUCGGAAUGUGUAAUGAUCUCUGCCAUAAUAUCCUCUUAACACAGCCUCAAGACUCACCAAGAGGUUGCAGCGAUUGCACAAGUCCUUUGUCUGCAAUUGUCUCUGCUGAAUGGAUCUGGGAAAGCCUCUCUGCUGGAGGAGACCCCAUCACCACCGCUUAG